AUGGAGUCAACAUAUUCGGAGAGUGUCACUUCGAAAUGGGAGGAGAAAGGUCGCGAGGAGGCCAUCAGGUUUGAUGAAAACGAGCUCGAAGCGCAAGAGCUGACUCGAGGCAGAGCUAGAAGCAGAAGGUUCUCUAUCCAUUCACGAUCAGGCAGCUUGAAUAAGAUUUUCCCCAUCAGAGAGAAAGUUGAGCCUGGCGUUGUACUUCCAGCUUUGUUCAAAACAGCAUCGCACAGGAUUGACAUUGAGAAUGCCAAAUGUGGUAGUGGUGGUGCUAAUACAGCAAUAGCUACCGCUGCUGCUGCUGCAACAACAACAACAACAACAAGCAAAUUCAACUCAUACACUUACAAUGUUGAUUCUAUCCAAAACAUUCUUUCUCGUUUCUCAACUGAUUUGCUCAAUGGCUUAUCUGAAGCUCAAUAUCAACAAAACUUGAAAACGUACGGGGAAAACAGACAAUCCAAACCACCUAGUGGGUUUUGGAAAAAGACGUUUAUGAAUUUCUUUGGCGGAUUCGGGAUCUUGUUGUUGGGUGGUGGUGUAUUGUGCAUCAUCAGUUGGAAACCGCUUGGAAGUCCACCUGCGGUUGCCAACUUGGUUCUUGGGAUCAUUUUGAUCGUUGUGUUUUUGAUUCAAGCUGCUUUCAACUUUAUCCAAGACUUUUCGAGUUCAAAAGUUAUGGAUUCUAUCCACGGUUUGGUUGCUAGUGAAUCGCAAGUUAUUAGAGACGGCAAGAACUUGACGGUGGAGAGCUCCAAAUUGGUGCCUGGUGACCUUGUCAAGUUUUCUCCCGGUGUUAAAAUACCUGCCGACAUCCGAGUGAUUAGCAACUCGCAUGACUUGUCCUUUGACAGGGCCAUUUUGACUGGUGAAUCAAAGCCCGUUGCCGCUACUAGUGAGAGUGACGAUCCAAUCAAGAACCCAAACUAUUUAGAAAGCAAUUGUAUUGCCAUGCAGGGGACAUUUUGCUUGAAUGGUACGGGUCGCGGUAUUGUUGUUUCCACCGGCGAUGACACAAUCUUUGGUUCUAUUGCCAAACUAACUUCCAAACCCAGGAGCGGACUAAGUCCAUUGCAGUAUGAGAUUGUCAGGUUUGUUGUUUUCAUUUCCAUGAUUAUCUUGUUUUUGGUGGUUUUGGUAAUCAUUGUGUGGUGUGCUUGGUUGCAUCGCGACUACCCGGAUUGGAUCAAUGUUGCCAAUUUGAUUAUUGACCUUGUGAGCUUUGCCGUGGCCACUAUUCCAGAGUCAUUGCCAGUCACCAUCGCGUUUGUCUUGUUAUUAACGGCAAAGAAGAUGAAGCAACAACAGAUUUUGGUCAAGAGUUUACACAUGUGUGGUACAUUGGCGUCCUGCUCGGUCUUGUGUUUUGAUAAAACCGGCACGUUGACACAAAACAACAUGAAGGUGGUUUUAUCAUUCAUUCGAGGCAAACAAUCUGAUCACGCGGUAGUUGCCAAAGACGAUGAAAAAAUGAACAUAAACGAGUUAGAGGAAGAAGAAAAGGAAUCGGCACCAAGGGCUCAAGUUUACACAAUCGGCACCUUGUGCAACGAGAGCCAUCUUGUCAAUGGCACUGCAAUGGGUGGUAAUGCCACCGAUCGAGCCAUCUUGCAAUUCGUUGAAGCAAGCACACACAAAAGCUCGGAACUCAUCCGAGAACAGUGGGUCAAGAAAUUAGACGUUCCUUUUAAUUCAAAGGACAAGUACAUGCUUUCGUUGGUUGAGCCAUCUGUUAAUGCUAGUGAGUCAAUAUGGACUAAACUUGGGUUGAAAGGUGAAUGUGAGGACAAUUACCUCUUGUUGGUUAAAGCUGCGCCUGAUGUGUUGAUGGAUAAUUGCGAGUGGGCUAUGAAUGACGAGGGAGAUUUGGAGACAAUUACUGGCGAGACAUCACAACAACUCAGAAAUUUGCAAAAGAAAUGGUCUGCCGAUGGUAAAAGGGUAAUUUUGUUUGCAUCAAAGUUGAUCAGCAAGCUGUCAAUAAACCUAUUUGAGAGAAGCGAAAGUGCAAAUAGACUCAAGAGAGAAAUCGAGUCGGACUUGGUGUUUAUGGGACUCGUUGGCAUCGAAGAUCCUCCCAGGAAAAACAUUGACCAAGUGAUUGGCACGUUGAGAGAUGCCGGUAUCAAAAUCAUCAUGAUCACGGGUGAUUAUGAGUUGACCGGUGUAUCGAUUGCAAAGCAAUGUGGAAUAGUCACUGGAGACUUUGACAAGUUGGAGUCGAUUGAAACACCCAGGCAUAACGCGGUGAGCAUAACUGGUCCUCAAUUGAACUACUUGACCGAUGUGCAUUGGCAACACAUUGUCAAAUAUGAUGAGUUGGUCUUUACUAGAACAACCCCAGAGCAAAAACUAGCGAUUGUGCAACAAUUUCAAAAGCAUGGCCACUGCGUUGGUAUGACGGGAGAUGGUAUCAAUGAUGCACCAGCCUUGAAGCAAGCAGAUAUCGGCAUUUCGAUUCUAGACGCGUCAGAUAUAGCCAAGGAAGCAGCCGAUUUGAUCUUGAUGAAAUCCGAGGGAGACCAGUUGUUCUUGUCUAUCGUGGAAGCUUUAAAGUUUGGUAGAUUGGUGUUUGAAAAUUUGAAAAAGACAAUUUGUUAUUUAUUACCUGCUGGUAGUUAUUCCGAGUUGUGGCCCGUGAUCAUGAAUGUGUUUUUCGGCAUGCCCCAGAUGUUGAGUUCGUUUUUGAUGAUUAUCAUUUGUUGCUUGACCGAUUGCGUUGGAUCCAUAGUGUUGGCGUACGAAGGUGCCGAAAGCAAUCUUCUUACAAAGAAACCCAGAGUGAUUACCGGCGAAAGAUUGGUGGAUUGGAAAUUGCUCUUUCAUUCCUACAUCUGCUUGGGUACGUUUUACACAUUCACGUCAUUUUUGGUUGCGUUUUUGAACCUUACAAGAAGAGGACUUCGGUUUGACCAAUUUGCAUUGUCGUUUGGCUCAUACGAAUCCUUGCCCAACGUGGACAACUAUUUGGCAGUGUCGUCGUCAAUCUAUUUCAUCAACUUGGUGAUUAUGCAGGUGUUUAAUUUGCUAGCGUUGAGGACGCGUCACUUGAGUUUGUUUCAGCAUUCCAUCAUGAUGAACAAGAAGGUUGUUUUCGUGGUUCCCUUUGUGUUGAUGGUCAAUUUCAUUAUAAACUACAUCCCCGCUAUACAGAAUGCCAUGGGCACUGCUCAAAUACCAGUGGAAUACUAUUUCAUUGCCAUGGGAUUCGGCCUCCUUUUGUUGACUACUGACGAAGUGAGGAAAUUUCUCGCCCGGAAGUAUCCAAAGGGACUUAUUGCCAGAGUCGCAUGGUAA